CGGAGAUGGACCGUGGGUCUGUUGCAAGAAAGUGUGAACAUGAUGCUGAGAUCUUCAUAACGCAGGUCCGAACACGGAAAGGGGACGCCGAGGGUCUAUCUGGCCUGUAUGAGAUGCAGAGAGAAGAAGACGAGGUGCCCAGGUAAUCAGCCUGUCUGCAAGCCCUGCGAAAAGGCCGGAUCAAUCUGCGAAUGGCCUCUGAAACGGAGGAAGAAACGGACUCGAAAGCAGAUCGAAGCGGACAAACAAUGGAUGGCAGCAGGACAUGCCCUGACAGAGCUUCCAAAAACGACUCUGGGGUCUCAGACGUUGUUCCCAAAUGGUCCUUCCGCGCCUAGUUCUAGUGUUUCCCAAGACGCUGCUGUGGCUCUAGGCUUUAAUCUAGGCUGGCUAGAUGUCUGGAAUGCGACGCUGGGGGGUCAUCCGCCGUCCAUGACUCCUGCAAAUGGCAUGUUGCCUCCUCAGCAUCAGCAUGAUCUCGGAAUAGGCUCUUCGACAUCAACUCGCCCUUCCUUCGGUUCUCAAGAUUUCAUGAAUCCCUCCCAAUCAGAAACGAUGGCGGGUGUCCAUGCUCCGAUGGAUCCCAGGCUGAUCAAUGCCGUUCAACGCCAAGCUGCUUUCAUAGAGGGAGAUCCAUCCGAGGACGAUGAUCUUGAACUAUUUUAUUAUCAUUUUUCUGGCCCCACUUCCAUCCGGCCUGGUCUCAAUCGGAUCUCGUUGAAACUCCAGCGUCGAGUUCCUCACUCAAGUCAUGGUGGACAUUCUGAGCGAAGCGUGCACGAGUCUCCCAGCGAUCUCUCUUCUACGCCGUUCUCUUUACCUCAGCAUAUACCUGAGGACCUCUGGGACCCAUCCGGGAUGCCCUUGCCACAUAUUCGAGAUCCUCUUCUUGAGCUGUUCUUCCAACAUUGCUCCCAAUUCUUUCCAAGUCUUAGUCGGCAACGAGUCAAAGAGCGGAUCGAAACGGAGACUCUAAGUGCUUUUUUGACCAAUUGUGCUUGCGCUCUUGGUGCCAGGUUUGCUCAGCCUCCAAUAUCCACCAUCUUGGUCCGGACGCAUGAACGUGCGAAAUCUCCUUUGAACGCGACAUCGACGUCAACCGGUCCCGUCGGUAGCGCGGCGUCCGCACCGUUCGUUUCAAAGGCUCAGGAGCUCAUCGUGCCAUUACUGCACCUCCCAACACAUGACGUGUGUACCGGGCUGCUGUACCUGGCUUGGGCCUCCUAUGGACUGAAUUCUGAAGCUGGAUUCUGGCAAUUCAGUGGAAUGGCAUUCAGGAUGGCUAUCGAUCUCGGAAUUCACGAAGACAGUACCAUUUAUGAAUCGGUCGCGCAUGUCACCCGUACCAGACUACUCUUCUGGAAUCUCUUCAUGACGGAUAGGAUCAUAUCGUUCGUCACGGGCAGAGCAGCGUCCAUUGCAGACGACGUCGUUGAAAUACCACUCCCAGAAGACGAUUACAUGUUUCCCGAUCCCGCUAGGAAUACCUCUGAAUAUCUCGAAACCAACCCUUCGGCCAUCUUAUCGGAGCCUGCCCCGUAUGUACAGUUCGUCAAGCUCAUGGUCAUCUGUGGCCGGAUAUCAGACCUCUUGAAUGGUCGGCGCGGUCGGUCAAGGACACUAGUGAAUAAGGUGGAGAAUCUCGUGGAGAGAUUAGGACAACUUCAGGUUGAAUUAGUUCAUUUCAUCAGUGCCCUUCCACCGACUUUACAAUGGUUGGCGGACAAUUUUCGACAUCACGCCAGUAAAAGCCAUGGAGGAAUCUAUCUUGCGCUGCAUCUUUGGGCGAAUGCCGUCGUUGCCUUCGUCUAUCAUCCAGAACUCCUACAAUCCCCUCACGGGGCGGAGACACCUCUUACUCAGAACAUGGCAAGGAACCGCUCCCUCUCCCUGGCUUCAUCGAGGCAAAUAUGCGAAUGCAUGGUUUUCGCCGAUCUGGUCGAACACGCGACAUACACCAGCAAUCCGUUCAUCGUCCAGCCCCUUUUUGUGGCAGCUAUGACCUUUAUCCUUGAGAUGCGCACAGCUAGUUCUCAAGAUCAACCACCUUCACCGGAACCAUUCCCUCGACACUCCGAGGAUGCGCUGCUCAGCUCAAUGACGAAGCAGAAUCUGUCCGUGAUCUUGAACGCUCUCGGUCGAAUGGAACUUUAUUGGUCAGGCAUCGGGCCAGUACUGAGUUUGCUUGAACAAAGGUCUGGAGUCACCGCAUCGAGGCCUCGAGGCAACAAAGGAGUUCCUUUCAUUUCUUUGCCGGAUCAAGGGGUUCUGAGAAGGUUCAAGACAGAUCGCCAUCAUCCGCACAAUGUCGCGCCGGCAGACGACAGAUCACUGCAAGACAGCAUAGUGAGGAGUGGAUCAUUGAUUGAUCAAAAUCCCGUAGCGCUUGCAGAUUUCAUGGCGGGAUACUCUGUAGAAGGGAUGAGUUUUGGUCCGGCAGAUGAUUUAGAUCUAGAAAGGCUCCUCGCUCAGCCGUGAUGCAAAAUCUCGCUGAUUGCGGCGAAAUCGCGUCCGGCGAUAAAGUGAAAAAUUGAUCCGAGAAUGUUCGGAUGAAAAAUGAC